UCAUUACGAAACAUCAAAAAGUAUCCUGACAUUGCUAACAAAACUUGCCAACACAUUUUUCCUUGUACUUUUAGAUUCAGUAUAUAUAGCUUGCUAGCUUAGCUAGAGAGAAACAUUAAGUCUUAGUUCCUAAGUUGACAACUUCACUACACACACAAACUGAUCAACUAUACACAGAAGAAGUGAUCAAGAAGUAGAAUGCAGUAGUAGUAAUGGCAGAUUGGGGACCGGUGGUGAUAGCGGUGGUGUUGUUUGUGCUGUUAAGUCCAGGGCUACUAUUUCAGCUGCUGGGGAAGAGCAGAGUGGUGGAGUUUGGCAACAUGCAAACCAGCGGACUAUAGUUGUAUUAUAUGCUCUUCAGAACCUGUGCCUCUGUUUGUAGUAACAAAUAUGUCCAAUUUUGUUUCCACUGCCACUUAUUUACUUCUUUCUUUUUAUUUAGAUGACUAUGGUAGUAAUCUAAUUUUGUAGGUAAAAUACAUCUCCCUUGAUGAAGCUGCAAGGUUAUUACUUGGGGAUGCACACAAUGCAUCCGUAAUAAGAACAGCUAAAGUAAGGCGGAUUUAUGAUAUUGCAAAUGUUUCGUCCUCCAUGAAUCUUAUUGAAAAGACCCAUGCAGCAGAUACAAGGAAGCCUGCAUAUAAAUGGUUGGUGGUUGGUUACUUGAUACAUAAAUAACAAUAUUACCAGUCUUUGCUUGUGCUUACUACUAUUGUGAAUAUGCCUUUUAAGCUGGCCUUCUAAUUAGUUGUCAU